AUGGCGCUCUCCAAGCACACCGUCGCCGUGCUCUUUGCCCUGCUGGCCCUCGCGGCGACGCUGCAGCCGUCAGACGCGAGGCUCCGGUCCGCCACCGCAAACCAAGAAGAAGCCAAAGCCACCACCAUGGCCGAUGGAGGCUCCCCAUCUCUUCCCAGCCUCCCACUGCCUCAGAUCCCCGGUAUGCCCAGCCUACCACCGAUAUUCCGCUCCCUUUUCCCGCCGCUGCCCCAGAUCCCGGGCCUGCCUCCGCUCUUUGGGCCGCUCCCAGGUGCACCGCCAUCCCAAGGGCUGCCUCAGAUCCCCGGCAUGCCACACAUCCCACUUCCCACUCCUUCGCCAAGCCCGCCGCCGCCGAAGGAGUGCCUGACGCCGUUGACGGCCAUGAUACCGUGCAUGGACUACCUCACCAACAUCACCGUGUUCUCGCCGCCGGGUGCGUGCUGCGAUGGACUCAAGUCGGUCGUCAGCAGCGCGCCGAUCUGCCUGUGCCACGGCCUGAACAACAAUGGCGGCAUGAGCAAGCUGUUCCCCAAGCCCAUCGAUCCCAUCCGGAUGCUCAUCCUCCCGGCUAGGUGCGGCGCCAUGAUACCCUUCCAGACGAUCUUCUCGUGUGGCACCCAACCAUUGCCGCCGCUGACGCCUCCAGCUAUGUCUCCGGCGCCUCCUGCUGCUGCUUCUCCCGCGCCAUCACCAUCACCUUAA